AAGAGAGAGAAAGGACCCGGAAUCUAAAAAAAAAAAAAAAAAAAACCCUAACCAAAAACAGUUGCCGUCAUCUUAUCUUCUUCUACAACUCUGAGUCUCGACUUCCCCAUCUCCUCUCACUCGGAUAAGCAGCGGCGCUCCGGCCGUCCGGCGACCUCCCCUCUGUCAGGAACGCUCUUUCUCACUACAAUCCCUAAGUCGGUGGUCUUCCUUGCAAAUUGCCAUCAACAAUCAUGGCGACUCGGCUGCAAUUUGAGAACUCGUGCGAAGUUGGAGUGUUUUCGAAGCUCUCGAACGCUUAUUGUUUGGUCGCCAUUGGUGGUUCUGAAAACUUCUACAGCACAUUCGAAUCGGAGUUGGCUGAUCACAUUCCGGUUGUUAAGACCUCCAUCGGCGGCACUCGUAUCAUUGGUCGCCUUUGUGCCGGAAACAAAAAGGGUCUUCUCUUGCCCCACACUACUACCGACCAAGAGCUUCAGCACCUGAGAAACAGUCUUCCUGAUGAAGUAGUAGUUCAGCGCAUUGAAGAGAGACUUUCUGCUCUUGGUAAUUGCAUUGCUUGCAAUGACUAUGUUGCUCUCACCCACACCGAUCUCGAUAGGGAAACUGAAGAAAUGAUUGCGGAUGUUCUCGGAGUUGAAGUUUUUAGGCAGACAAUUGCUGGAAAUAUUCUUGUUGGCAGUUACUGUUCCUUCUCCAACAAGGGUGGCCUGGUUCACCCUCACACCUCUGUUGAAGACUUGGAUGAACUUUCAACGCUUCUUCAGGUACCUUUGGUAGCCGGGACUGUCAACCGGGGUAGUGAAGUCAUAGCUGCAGGCAUCACGGUGAAUGACUGGACGGCAUUCUGUGGCUCAGACACCACUGCAACUGAACUCUCAGUUAUUGAGAACGUCUUCAAGUUGAGGGAAGCUCAGCCUAGUGCCAUCGUUGAUGAGAUGAGAAAAUCUUUGAUUGAUACUGUUGUCUGAAUGCUAAUUUCGUGCUCGCUACCUUAUUAUUUGUUUGAUGACGAUAGUUCUAAAGCACUUGAUUAUUACUUUUCAGUUUCGCUUCAAAGCUGCUUUGGGUUUUCUGGUUCAUAACAACUUUUUAUUCCUGUUUAAAUGCGACUCUGUAAACCAAUGGCCUAAGUGAUCUUCAGCAAUGUGGUCAUGGGCUAAUUGGGUGUCUAUGAUGGGUGUAAUAUAUGGUGCGCAUUAGAGAAAGCUGUAAGAAUAUUACUGUGACAUGUUAUUAUGUUCCGGGGUUAUAUUAUUGUGAUUGCUUCGACUCUUAA